CGCGGAAGCUGGGCGCACAUGCGCUUUGCUUUGUUGUCAAACAAAACUCCUCCUCUGAAAGUACAAACUGUGAAGCAAGUAAUGUGAAGCUAAGUCCAUUUCAAGUAUUUGAUGUGAAGUCAGGUAUGACGGUCGUGAAUUUAUCAUUUGCUGGGGCUGGGUUUUUAGGAGCAUAUCAUCUCGGAGUAACAGAGGCGUUACUGAGACACGGACAUAAGCUGCUGUCCUCUUUAAAAGCCUGCGCUGGAGCUUCAGCUGGUUCUUUAGUGGCCACUGUAAUCAUCACUGCUCCUGAUAAAAUACAGCAUUGUAAGGAAUUCACCUACAGGUUUGCCAGUAAUGUGAGAAGUCAGAGGUUUGGAGCUGUGACGCCAGGAUAUGACUUCAUGCUUGAACUGAGGGAGGGCAUCGAAGAGAUUCUCCCGCCCAAUGCCCACCAGUUAGCCAAUGAACGCCUCCAUAUUUCAAUAACAAAUGCAAAGACCUACAAGAACCGCAUGGUGUCCAGCUUCACCUCAAGGGAAGAUCUCAUUAAGGUGAUCUUGGCCAGCUGCUUUGUGCCUGUCUACGCUGGAAUGAAGCCAGUGGAGUUCCAAGGGCAGAAAUGGAUAGAUGGCGGAAUCACAAACUGUCUUCCUGUUCUUCCUGUGGGGCGCACAAUAACAGUGUCACCAUUUAGCGGCCCUCAGGAUAUUUCCCCAACACAUAAGGGCAUAAGUAAGCUUCACUUCAGAUUGGCCAACAUGAGCGUUGUGCUCUCAAAGGACAACAUUAUAAGGCUGAAGCAGGCCCUGUUUCCUCCUUCAUUAGCCAGACUCAAGGAACUGGACCAAGAGGGAUACCAGGAUGCUGUUCACUUUUUAAAGAAAGAUGGAUGGCUGCAAUAACUGAUUUUCUUAUUUGUAGCUCUUUCAACACUUUGAAUGACUAAAAUGUGGCAUAUUGACACCAUUUUUUAGACAAUUUUCCUCAUAGUGUGGCGUGCAAUAUUAUGUUCAGUGUAAUAAUCAUACUUUGAUGGUGUCAACUUUCAUUCUCAAGAUGAAAAGCACAGUAAAAUCCAUCAUGUAUUUCAGGAGGCUGAAUUAUCAUUGUUAUAAAAAGUCUAUUGCACAGCUUCUGCUCUUAGUAAAGAACCACAAGGGCACUUAAAACACAAUGUUCUUUAAGAAUGACUAAAUGAAGUGUUUAAAUAUUUUUGAAACUCCUUUUGUUGGAUUCUGUUCAUAAUGGAUUUUAAAAACUCAGUCAAUCCCAAGACCAACAAGUCACCCUUUUUGCCUUCACUUGCUGCACAUAUCAAUGCAGCUUUUUUGUAGGUCCUUGAGGACAACCAUGGAGAACAAGCCUUUGAAGUAAAACCACAGGAGAGGUUGUUUGAACUCCAUGAGUCUCCUCACCUCUCAGAACUAUCGGUUUAUUUGCACUUGAUUCCACAAGAGCGUUAUGAUCAUUUUUCUGUCUGUGAGAAUAACGGCUCCCUGGGGAAGGUUUGGGGAUUAGCAAAGGCUUGUGGGUAUUUGUGAUCUGGUGGUAGAGAGAAACAGAGAGCUGGCACACACACCCUACUGCAUAAACUGCUCAUGCGAGUUAUCAAAUCAUUUGGAAUAAAUAGUACAUUUUUGCAAUUAAAUAGCAAUUUUAUUGACUUAUUGAUUUAGAGCAGUUACUGUAGAGUUGUCAAAAGAAAAAGAUGAUAAGAACAGCUUAUGUGAAAAUACAUCAAUUGUAAUUGGUCUUCAUUAGAAAAGGGAGAGAAAUGUUAUAAGCUGAGCACCAUUAGCUUGAUAAAAAUGGAUUAUUCAGUGUAUAGCUCCAUGGCAGCAUGGGACAUUUACAUCAGUCUUUAAAUGAUGCACAUGUUCAUAUGGGUUGAUCUAUGAACAGCAGGCAAAUCUUAUGAAAAAUCACAGAGACAGUCUCAUAUCUCAUAUGUGUGAUGUCAUGUUCAAUUAUUUAAACAGAUAUACAGUAAGAAUGAAGCUAAAGUAUAGUUUUUUUUUUGUUUGUUUGUUUUUAAUAAACAUGGUUCAUAAUUAGACCCCCAUAUAUUAUGCCUUCAGUUCCCGAACCAGCAUUUUUAAAAUAAACAGAGUGAAUGGUGGUUUAAAUAAAAGUAAAAUGAAAGUUAUGUUAAAUAACAUGGAAUCGCAAUGCACUUUGUGCAUGUGAAUUCAUUUGUGCAAUUAAACUCCGGCGGGAUGUCUUUGAAUGGCUGCUUUAAUAAUGUAAUUAGAAUGCCUUCACAUAGACUUGUUACAAAGUGACUCUGACCCCUCACAAAGACCCUCUAACGAGAAACCCCUGACUCAAGGAUUUGCAUUAUUUACUGAUAAAUCAAGUCUGUAUUAAUUUGCAUUGUUAUGUUCUGAGAUUUUUUUUUUUUUUUUUUUUUUUAAUCAUGAUGGUUUUAUGAUUGACAUUAAAUGGCAAGUACUGAAAACAUUAGAAUAUUAAUAUAAUUAAAAGAGCUGACUUUUUCUGACAAUCCAACAUUUGAUAACAUCAAACAGGCAAUAGGAAAGAUGCUGGACAAUUCAAAAAUAUUAAAGUGGUGAAACAUGAAAUAGAAUAUAUGUGCUUUUUUAACCUUGUAAAAGUCUGUAUCUGUCAUCAAUCAGUUUUCAAUGUUGAAUCAAGAUGCACUAUUUGGUUGGUUGAGCAGAAUGUUAUUUGGAGAAAAAUGAAUCAUACAUUCAAAAUUCAAAUGGUUAACUCAUCAACGUGUAUCGUCGACGCAUUUGGUGUUCCAUAUUAAAGUAUGGUUGGAAAAAUCACA